AUGGACGUUCAUUUGAGAGGCUGCAGUUGGAAAGGCCUUACAUGCACUGAGUGCAGAGUACUCUUCCAUAAUAGGAAGGCCCUGCAGAACCAUAACGUUUCGGUUCACGGACAACUUUCCACUAUGUGUGCCGUUUGCGGCAGAGGGCCUUUCACUAAUAUGGACUUCCAUUUGAGGAGCUGCUCUAGGGAUUGGUCCUUCCAAUGCUCUGAGUGCAAAGUACAAUUUCCUUCAGAGAAAUCCCUGGUGGACCAUACUUUUCACUAUCACAGUGCCACAUCAAAGACCUCUGACAAAGGUGUCUGUGUUUAUUGCGGCAGUGGACCAUUCACUAGUCUGGACAUCCACAUGAGGACCUGCUCUAAGCAGAAGGGCUUAAAAUGCUCUGUGUGCAAAGUAUUUUUUCCUACUGAAUCGGUCCUGGCGGAUCAUAUGGUUUGCUAUCACAGCACCACCAUGUCCACAGCACCCCAUACCAAGUCCAGAGCAUCCCAUACCAAGACUCAGAGACCCCUGAAGGUACCUGUCUCCAUUGUGGCAGAGGUCCAUUCAGUAGUCUGGACAUCCACUUGAGGAUCCUGCUCUGGGAAGAAGGGCUUCAAAUGCUUUGUUUGCAAUGUUUUCUUCCCUACAGAGACAGCCCUGGCCGACCAUAAGGUUCUUGUUCACAGUAUCCCAUCAGAGACCCCUGAACAAGGUACCUGUGACCAUUGUGGCAUUGGGCCAUUCACUAAUCUGGACAACCACAUGAAGACCUGCUCUAAGAGGAAGUGCAUCCAAUGUUCUGUGUGCAAGUUUUUCUUUCCUAGUGAUGUCCUGGCCAACCAUAUGAUUUCCUAUCACAGUACCAAAUCCCGAGUUCAGAGCCCAGUCACAGAGACACAUGACAAAGGUGCCUGUGUCCAUUGCGGCAGAGGGCCCUUCACUAGUCUGGAACAUCACAUGAAGUACUGCAAUAAGCAGAAGGGCAUCCAAUGCGUAAUGUGUAAAGCUUACUUUCUUACUGAGGGCAGUCUGGUGGACCAUAUUGUUUUGGCUCACACUGACAAGCUGGUGACCCAAGCUGGUGGGUCCUCCGCCACAACAUUCUCCUUCGUACCCAUGGCUAUCUCUACCACCUCAGGCCAGCAGAGCCCCAGUAGCCCCACCCUGAUGUGUUACAGUAGUGGUGUCAAGGAGCUGAAACGACUGGCCCCAGUCCCUGUGGCUGAUCAGGGCCCCAGUGCAGUUGGCCAGCUAACACCUGUUGGACAGUCUACUGUGUCUCUGCCUAGAGUAAUGCUGUCUACCACCACCUCUUCCCCAUCCUAUUCCCAGCCAGCUGUUCCUGUGAUGGCCACCUUGCUCUUUGACAACACUGGUGGUGGUCCAGGGAAAAUGGCAAGGCUGGUCCCAGUGGCCCCACAAACCAACCCUCCCAAACCGCAGGUCACGGCCCCCACACAGACUAACACAGCAAAGCCCCUUGGGCAGUUCUCUAACCUUCUGCAACAGGCUGUCCAACAGCCGACACCCAGGCCCACUGCCCUAGCCAUGGACCCUAUCAGAUCCCCUCACCCCCAUCACCCCAUCCCCUAG